GGGUCGCCGAGGUCGGUUUGGAGCAGGCGGGGGUGCGGGGAUGCGGGUCCCGAGGGAGCAGGGUAGACUGGCUUGUGGGACGGGGGCGAGGUGUGAGCCGUGGGUAAGGAGACACUGGGCCCAGGGGAGGGGCUCCUCCAGAGCCGGAAGGGGCGGGAUAGGCACGCCGGCCAGGCGGGGACCAGAGCCUGCAGGCCGGGCCCAAGCCACCGCCCUCGAGUGGAGCUCCUGGGCGUAGCCCGACGCGCUCCAGGCGCCGCACAGCUCCCCUCUUGGCCUCCCAGGCCUCAGUCUUCCUUCGGGGCUGCUGCUGCCGCUCAGGGAGCAGAGACUUGCUCUGGCAGGAUACGGCCCCGCCCAUGGGCAGCGCUGCCCUGUGUCCCCGAUCCCAGCGAGCGGGAAGAGAAGCCUAGAAAAUGAACUGCUCUUCAGAAAACAACGCGCACUUUGAGGGUGGUAACGCCAGACCCUUUUUUUAUGUGCAUGCUGUGGGCCAGCAGCCUUACCCGAGUCCCUGGUACCAGAAUCCCACCUAUAAUCCAUUCUCUGUUCCUGGGGCAGGUUUCAGAAAUGGAAGUCUGUAUUUUCCAUAUUCAGUGGUACUCAGUGAGUCUCCUGGCUUCCUCAUCCCUCAGUCCCCGUUGCCCACUGCGCUUAACCGAAGACCUGUGUUCUGUAACACAGCACAGUUCCGUCAGUGUAGUGGCUAUGGAAAGAAAACGAAGACGAAAGAGACUCAGACUGAACCUCAUCAGGCUGAAAACAGGACUCAGAAAUAAGACACCCACUCAGAAGGUGGUAUGGUGACCAGUAUCCCGACUUCUAAUAUUGACACAGAAACUGACAACAUUCCUGAACCAACAGAUGGGUUUUUUUCAUCUGUAGCCCAGAAGCAGCAGCUACAUGGUGAGAGCCCUUCUCCUGACACUGUGUAUAGAACAUCACCUCAAGUAAACUAUGCAUCUGGGAAAGGGGAAAUGAGGCUAGAACAGAGCAGAGGAUCCCCUGUAACACAGUUCUGGGAGACUUUGAAGGAAACUGUCCGUUUGUAUGACCUAGCUUAUGGUAAAGCCAUGCCAGACAUCAUGGUGCAGCAUGGUGGGAUGUCACAGAGUUCUCGUGAGAGUACAAGUGUGCUUCGUAACCAUCACGAGGGUGCAGAUGGCAUUACGUGUAACGAUGAAGAAAGCACUAUCUGGUCGGAGCCGUGUCAUGAUAUAAGAUGUGAUGAGGUGGUAAAGUUGGGCUCCAUCAUGGAAAUGAACUUGGGUAAAGAAAAAGGCUAUGCAGCUGUUCCCCAAUUCCUGUCCUCUCCAGAUGAAGCGAAAGACAAAGAUGAAGUCCAGGAUACCCUGAACUCCAAUCUGUGCCAGUCUUCUGGAGAUGGCAAUAAGCUCCAGCAGGAAAGGCCAGUCUGUUCCAGCAAUAAAGCCGUUGAGGACCUGAGCCUAGAGUCCAAAUCCCGGAGUCCCAUUAGCUUUGGGGAAAGCAUGCCAGACAAUGGUAGUGGGGGCCGUGGCUUCCCUGUGAAAGUGGACGAAGGUGAAGUGGUAGAGAGCAACAGCUACCCUGAGAAUUAUGUCCUUCCCCCUACCUCCCUGGCCCAGUUCAGCCAGGUCACUGAAGGCAUUCAAUGUGAUAUGAGCCAUUGGCAGGAUGCAGAGCACGGGAAAUCCCCUGAGUCCUCACCAGAAAGCAGAAAGCCAACAGAAGAAGAGGCAGUCAGGUGUGGGGAACUGGAUGAGGUGGUAGAGAGGGACAGCUAUUCAAAGUAUGUUCCUCGCCCUGCCUGGUUGGCCCAGAUGAACAGCAGGGGGGUGGAUGAAGGGAUUCAGUGUGAUAGGAGCUGGUGGCAGGAGGCAGAGCUGGAGAAAUCCCCUGAGCAAAUGCCUUGCAAAGAUGAAGAAUCAUCACCAGACUGCAAAACUAAGGGAUCAUGGAAGACCAUCACGAAUGGGAAGUUGAAAACAGAUGAAGAAGAAAUGACCGUGAAUGAUGAGAUUGAGGAGGAGGAUCAUGAGAACUUCAAAAAGUGUGCAAAGAUUAAAAAAACUGUGAAAGGCAGGAAGCAGAAAUCCCUGAGCAACUUCUCAAGUGGGAACACAGUCUACUUAUUGAAGAAAAAUGCUGCCUUGAACACUGUACUUCCCAAGGAUUCAGAAGACUGUGAGUUGGAAGAGGAAGCUGAAGAUGAAAUGUAUGAGACAGAAUGCCUCUUUGAAGAAGUUAGUCCACUGGGCCCUGUGACAUCUUCCAAAGGAAGGAUUUAUCGUGAGGCUGGCAGGAUCAUCAGGCUGCCACCUGAGUGCUCUCUGCCUCCCCAACUUAUUGUGUGGCCCACCAGAAAUAAGUACAGGUUAAAGCUUGGAGAAUACGAGAGCAUCCCCAUGGUAUGCGCAGUGACAGGACAGAAUGGCAGGUUCCGAGGGGAGGGACUGGAGUCCAAGAGAGCCUCUCACAAGGCCUGGGAAUGUAAGUGACUAACGGGCUUGUCCUGUGUGGUUGUCUGUAGUGGUUCCAUACUGGGUCCUGGAUGCAAAGGCCAUCAUAGAUUAAUAGUAUUUCUCCAUUUUGAAAGUAUGUUUUUCAACAACUGUAGGUGCCCAUGUUUGUAGGAUUGGCAGAGAUCCCAGGUUUGAGGUCCUGCAUUCUAGGAAACUGUAAUGUAAUUUGAAACAAAGAACUGGGGCGCCUGGGUGGCUCAGUUGGUUAAGCGACUGCCUUCGGCUCAGGUCAUGAUCCUGGAGUCCUGGGAUCGAGUCCCGCAUCAGGCUCCCUGCUCAGCGGGGGGUCUACCUCUCCCUCUGACCCUCUUCCCUCUCGUGCUUUCUCUCUCUCAUUCUCUCUGUGUCAAAUAAAUAAAUAAAAUCUUAAAAAAAAAAAGAAAGAACUGUAGGAGAUGAUGGAGAGCUGGGUGGUGGUAAAGGACAGGGGGCUGAGAGAGAAAAGAAUCAUGGACAUAGAUCUAGAUGGAGUUGCUGAGAACACGCAGUCCACGUGGAGGCGGUGAAUUUUGAUACAAAUUUGGGGGCUGUGGUUUGGAGUGAGAAUGGAGAGAGUAGCAUGGGCUCAAAUGGGCAGCCAGCGCAGGUCAAGUGUGUUCCAGGGAUUGAGCCUGAGAACAGCCAGCCAGAGGGGAGACCUGUGAUGAGUUGGGAAAGUGGGUCUGAGCAGAAUAGGCUAAAAUAGUAGAAAUUUUCCUUUUUAGAUUUUUGUCCUGUAGGCAAUAAGGAGGUGCCAAAACUGAAUAGAGAAAGGCAGGAAGAAAAGUGUUCUAGGCAUCUUUAGCUGAUGGUAGAGUGUAGGAGGAAUUUGAAGCCUGUCUGUAUGGCUGAAACCCCUGUAUAAAGUCAGUUUAACUGAACAUUGCAUAUAAAGUGAUAAGGUCCUAACUCACAUGGGAGUAAAAGAUAUACAUCUCAGAGAAUUCAUUAACAAAAUUGACUCUUUAAGAAAAAAAGGCUGGGGGGCACGCCUGGGUGGCUCAGUCGUUAAGUGUCUGCCUUCGGCUCAGGUCAUGAUCUCACGGUCCUGGGAUCGAGCCCCGCAUCGGGCUCCCUGCUCCGCGGGAAGCCUGCUUCUCCCUCUCCCACUUCCUCUGCUUGUGUUCCCUCUCUCGCUCUGUCUCUGUCAAGUAAAUAAAUAAAAUCUUAAAAAAAAAAGAAAAAGAAAAAAAGGCUAGGAUUUGAACUUGAAUACCUAUAGAAAAUGAUAACAUCCAUGGAAAAGUAAAGUUGGGAAGGGAAAUUGUUUUGCUUUACUGUGUCGUUGUCGGCUGGACUAGCAGGAUCUUGCACAUCUGGUUGAAGCUUGAGUUUGGACCACCCUAUGUUUAGGGAGGGGGCUCAAAUGAGUGGGAAGGGCCCAAAGUAGACCCUGGGUGAUGAUUAUACCUGGGGCGCAAAAAUGAAAUGAAGUGGGUAAGUGAUGAAUAGGAUGCAUAAGGGUCCCCGGGGAAAUUUAAUUAAGUUCCAGUCUUAGUUUUUAAACCAAAACACUGUCCAUCUUACCUUUAGUCUUCUCAAAGUCUCAGUUGCCUCUGCUGUCAUUUCCCAUCAGUGUAUAGGAUGUUUUUUCCAUCCUAUCACGGCCCUGUGAAGAAAAUAACUUCAAUUUACUCUUGGUUACAUGGUUAAGAUUGUAAUUUUCAGGCUGAAUUGUCUAGAUUGUGCCUUAUUAUUGUUUUUUUCAAAUGAUUUUUUUUCUGGACUGUAGAAUCAUACAGAAUAGUAUCUUGAAUGAUAGAUUUUUCUUGAAAGACGUGGUUUUCUUUGAAAGAUGUUUUUUGGAUUUCUGUUUUCCCUUUUGUUUUUAAGCAACUUGGGUAAUUUAAUGCAUGAGUCCCUUCUUCCCUCAGGUAACUGUGAGAGAUGGAAAACUGAGGUACCUUACAAAGUUUCGAACAGAUCGAGGCAGAUGCUCUGUACCUGCUGUACACAGGUAUCUAUCCUGUGUCCAAUUUGGUUGUCUCAUGAUUGGCUUUUAGGGCUUUGUUUGGGGUUUCCUACUCAGUGUGUGUUCUGCCCUCCAAAACUAACACUGCUUGUGGGCAGUGAAAAAUGGCAGCAUUCUGACUGCGUUAUAGACCUGUAGAUCUAUAGAUCCUCGCUUACAAGUAGAUUGGAGCCAAAGCCUUUCAGUCCUGUGGAAUGUCAUUUUUAUGCUGAUUUUCCACAUUUAAUUCCCAGGGCUGUGAAUGGUAGUCUUGUGUGUUAUAUGGGGUUUUGUAAGUUAUCCUGGUGGCUUCACUUAAAGUGUCCCAGUUUAGUGGUGGUAGAGCUGGGUACUGGAAGUUCAGGGUCUCCCUUAAGGGGCUUAGUAGCAUGACGGGCUCUCCUUCAGACUGAGUUUUGGCAUUAAGUAUCCCUGCCCCACCUUCAACCUCUAGGCCUGGAGUGUCAGGGAGUAAGCAGUUUCUGGCCUUUUAAAGGCCAUCCUGCCUUGCAGUGAUUAUAAAGGGAAGUCCGAUAACCAAGGCAAAAAUGUCAUGAUCUUCAACCUUCUCCUAAAGAUGGAAACUAACGACAUUAGUAAUGAUUCUCUGUAGAUCUUGAGUCUGUUACACAAUCAAUUUAAGGAAAUGUAGUAUUCCAUUGUUAUUUCAUAGGAAAGAAAUUGCUGAGUUCCAGCUACAUAAUAGAAGAGCUAAAUAGUAUAUCAUCAUGAUGGCUUAAAGUCCCUUGAUUUGAACUAAUAAAGUGAUUAUACCAACAAAAAGAAAAUGUGACAUUGCAAAACCUUUGGAAUUAAAAGGUAUAAAACAGCAAAUAAAGUCAAUUGCGUGGUUGUGUGAUUCUCAAGCAUUUUUUCCCGUCUCAAAAUAGCCACAUCACUGGUAACACCACCAGUAGAGCUGGGUCAUUCAUGAAUACUUCUGCCAUGUAUAUUACUGUCUUAUAAUCUCCAGGGACCUUUACAUAUGAGGAAAAGGAUGGUGGAGUUGAGGAUGGAAUAAAGAGAUGAAGGAUUCCCCAUAAACAGGAACUACUCUGGGAAUGGUGAAGGUACCUUACUCAUUUUGUAUAAAUGGAAACCAGGCAUAGAGUAGCUUCACUGAUGGAUCCAUCCAGGAGUAGUCUGUAGUAGUGUCUUCUGUAGUUCCACCCAUUGUACUCCUUGAAACAAAGGAAACUUUAGGGAAACUUUUUUUUUUAAAGAUUUUAUUUAUUUAUUUGACAGAGAGACUGUGAGAGAGGGAACGCAAGCAGGGGGAAUGAGAGAGGGAGAAGCAGGCUUCCCGCUGAGCAGGGAGCCCGAUGUAGGGCUCGAUCCCAGGACCCUGGGAUCGUGACCUGAGCCAAAGGCAGACACUUAACCAACUGAGCCAUUCAGGCGCCCCAGGGAAACCAUUUUUCAUGCUUUUAAAACCUAAGACCUAGAUGGUCAACUUGUAAUCAACAGUGUCUCAAUAAAUGGUAGAGUUUAAAUCUGACUAGGUACCAAAAAGAUUUAUAUGUGGCUGAAGACUCCCUAUAUUUGAAAGAAAAAGGCAUGGUAGCAUUCAGAUGUGGGAUUUUAUUGUUGUGUGACCAACAAUGCCUCUUUGGAGGCAUAUAUGAGUAUAUGUAUGGGAACAGCAGUGUUGUCUCUAUGUUAAGCUGUGUGAACAUAUACUUCCUGUAUUUGUAACUCCUUAUACUAACCUAAUACUUCUGUAGAUAGCAUAGUGAAAUGUAAAAUGUGAUAGCAAUGCUGUGGAGGCAAGGAAGACAGUAUUACAAAGCCGGUUUUACAUAAAGAUGUAUGACUUUGCAUUAUUCCCAGCUCAGGACUGCUUUAACUCCAGUUCUGGCCUGUAUCCUAUGUAACCUAUGGCUGGAGAAGGUUAUCUGCUUAUACCCAAUGUACUGUUUUCAUUUUCAUGACAUGACACAUGAAGCAGGCAUACUUGUCGCACCUUUGAACCAUGGUGUACAUUUUUUGUGCUAAUGAUAAUUGCUAUAUCUUCUAUGGUAUAUCCCCAUUAUGUAGUUAAUUUUUUUAAAAAAGAUUUUAUUUAUUUGGACAGAGAGAGCGCGCGUACGACCACAAGCUGGGGGAGCGGGAGCGGGAGAGGGAGAAGCAGGCUCCCCGCUGAGCAGGGAUCCUGAUGCAGGACUCGAUCCCAGGACCCUGGGAUCAUGACCUGAGUCAAAGGCAGACGCUUAACCAGCUGAGCCACUCAGGUGCCCCUAUGUAGUUAAUUUUUUAAAUAACUACUAGAGAUAACAGUUUUCUAUGCCCACCCCCACCCCACCACGUACAGAUUGCGUUCUGAGUUCUGCUACACGUGUGUUAGAGCCUUUGACCUCAUCACAAUGUCCUCUGUAUCCCCUUGCUCUAUAAAAUCUGGGGACUAAGGUUCUGGACUUUAUGGGUAAUAGUUGUGUGGAUGCCUGGAUCGUAAACCAUCUGAUUCCCUGUCAGUGAGUUACCCUAAAGAAAAUUGUAAACUGUAGGGAGUUGCUUGCUUUGUUUUCUGGUUUCAAAGUACCUUCUCAAUUGGAGGGGUAAUUUACUGUCCCUCCUCCAUCUAACACCACGUGUGGGGUUGGGCCUGCGGUUCAUGAGUGGGUGGACACAAGCGGUGCAGUAUGGUAUCCACUGGUAUGCACUGGUACUUCCAAUGGAGAAUCUAUCCAUUCAGUAAGAUUAUAUUGAAUACUAAUAUGUCAUUCAGUGUUUUGGAGGCUGAGGAUAUAACAGGGAGCAUAGUCUGAGCCCUCAAGAAGUUACCAGAUUAGUGGGCAGUCAGGCAAGGAAAUAGUCACUUUAGAGUGUGCUAGGUGCCUUGGUAUUGAGAAGCACACAGGAGGAGCAGCUGAGAGAUUCUGGGAUUGGGCUAGGCUUCUGAUUCAGAAUUGAGGUGACUGUUGGCACCAUCUUUAGAGUAAAAAAAUGCUGAAGGUAUCUUGCUUGAGAGCCGAUAGAAUGGUGGAAUGUCUACAGGACAUCGAAGUGAAUAAGUCUAGGGCUCUCGAGAAUGUUCAGGGCUGUCAUCAUCAGAGUAUUGAUACUUUAAGCCAUAAGCAUCACUGAGAACAGAAGAGUGAAGAGAAGGUCUAAGCCAGAACUGUGAGAAACAUUCCUAUUUAAAGGACUGAAGCCAAGAGUUACACUGGAGGGUAAGCAGGAGCAGCUAAUGAGAUAGUUUGGUUAGAGCAUCUGAAAGGGUGUCAUGAAAUCCAGUUGCUAAGGAUCUUUCAUGAAAAAGUGGUCAACAGUGUCAAAUGCUAAAAAAAGGACUAGAAAGGAUUUGUUAGAUUUGAUAAUGGCAAUACUGGUGGUCCUAGCAAGAGCACUUUCAGAGAUGUUAUGGACUGAAUUAUGCCCCAAGCUUCAUAUGUUGAAGUCCUAACACCCAGUGUGACUACAUUUGGAGAACAGGACUUUAAAGGAGUAAUUAAAGUUAAAUGAGACCAUAAGACUGGGUGCCUGAUUCAAAAGAACUGUUCUUACAAAAGAGCAAGAGAGAACAGAGUGCUCUGUGUGGGCAUAGAGGAAAGCCACCCUUUGUAAAAAUCUGAGUAUAACUUGACUCCCCCACCCCCAAAUUUCUAAUAGCCUACUGUUGACUGGAAGCCUAAACAGGUAACAUAAUUGGUUAACACGCAUUUUGUAUGUUGUAUUAUAUACUGUAUUCUUGCAAUAAAGUAAGUUAAAGAAAAAGUGUUAAGAAAAUCAUAAGAGAAAAUACAUUUACUGUAUUUGUAGAAAAAAAAUCUGCGUGUAAGUGACCCACAGAAUUCAAACCCAUGCUGACAAGGGUCAACUGUAUGGGUAAUUCUUUCAAGAAACUGCUCAAGUAGUGACCCCCAACUGAGGCUGUUUCCAUACAUUUUAUUUAUCUUAUUAUUAAGCCAUUUUAUUGAGGUAUGAUUGCUGCACAUUGUGUACAACUUGAUGAAUUUGGAGAUAAGUAUAUAUCUGUGAAAAUAUUCCCCACAAUCUAUGCCAUAAACCUUUAAACGUUUGUUCCUGCAUGCAUGCAUGCUCUCUUUCCCUCCCUCCCUUUCUCUCUCUCUCUCUCUCUAUAUAUAACUCUCUCUCUAUAUUUAUAUAUAUGUAAAACUCUAUAUAAAAUUAUAUAUAGAGAGAGGACAUAAGAUCUUCAUAAAAUAUUAAGUAUAUGAUAUAGUAUUAUUAAUUGUUGGCACUAUGCUAUGAAGUCAAUUUCUAGGAUUUAUUUAUCUUAUAUAAGUAAAACGUUUUACUCUUUGAUACCUUCUUGUUUCCCCCUCACCCUAGCCCCUGGGAACCACCAUUCUACCCUCUUGUUUCUGUGGGUUUGACUAUUUUAUUUUAAGAUUUUUUUUUUUAAUUUGAGAGAGAGAAUGAGAUAGAGAGCAUGAGAGUGGGGAGAGUCAGAGGGAGAAGCAGACUCCCCGCUGAGCAGGGAGCCUGAUGUGGGACUCGAUCCCGGGACUCCAGGAUCAUGACCUGAGCCGAAGGCAGUCGCCUAACCAACUGAGCCACCCAGGCGCCCAGGUUUGAUUAUUUUAGAUUCAGGUGGUGUUAUGUAGUAUUUGUCCUCUGUGUCUGGCUUAUUUCAGUGAGCAUAAAGUCCUCCUCUUUCAUCCGUGUUGUCACAAACUGUAGGACUUCCCUCUCUUUUAUGGCUAAAUAAUACUACAUUGUGUUUACCCAUUUAUCUGAUGAUGGACAUUUUCAUUGUCUGCAUGUCUUGGCUAUUGUGAAUCAUGCUGCAAUAAACAUGGGAGUGCAGUACCUCUUUAAGAUCCUGAUUCUAAUACCUUUGGAUAUAUACUUAGACUUGGGGUUAGUAAAAAAAGUAAUUAUAUUUUUAAGUUUUUGAGGAACUGCCAUACUGUUUUUGGUAGCAACUUCAACCUAUUUACAUUGCCACCAACAGUGUACAAGGUUCUCUUUUCAUCACAUCCUCACCAACUUUUUUUUUUUUUAAAGAUUUUAUUUAUUUAUUUGAGAGAGUGAGAAUGAGAGAGAGAGAGCAUAUGAGAGGGAGGAGGGUCAGAGGGAGAAGCAGACUCCCUGCUGAGCAGGAAGCCUGAUGCGGGACUCAAUCUGGGGACUCCAGGAUCAUGACCUGAGCCGAAGGCAGUCGCUCAACCAACUGAGCCACCCAGGCGCCCCCUCACCAACUUUUAUUAUCUUUUUUUCGUAAUAGCUAUCCUAACAAGUAUGAGAUAAUAUCUUAUUGUGCUUUUGAUUUGCAUUUCAUUUCCCUCAUCAGUUAUUUUUUUUUAAGGUACUUGAUGGUUAUUCUUUGGAGAAAUGUCUGUUCAAUUCCUUUGUCUGUUUUUAAAAUCAGCUUGUUUUCUUGCUAUUGAGUUGUAGGAGUUCUUUAUAUAUUUUGUAUAAUAACCCUUUAUCAGAGAUAUAUGGCUUGUAAAUAUUUUCUCCCAUUCCAUAGGUUGCCUUUUCAUUUUGAUUGUUCCUUUGCUGUGCAAAAGCUUUCUUAGUUUGAUGUGUUGGUGUCAUAGCCAAGACCUCAGUGUCAAGACUAAUGUCAAGAAGCUUUUUCCUAUGUUUUCUUAUAGGAGUUUUGUAGCUUCAGGUCUUAACAUUAUCUGUCUAUCUAUUUUUUAUUAUUACUAUUAUUUUUUUUAAGUAAACUCUACGACCAAUAUGGGGCUUGAACUCAUGACCCUGAGAUCAAGCGUCACAUGCUCUACCAGCUGAGUCAGCCAGGUGCCCCUCAGGUCUUAACAUUUAAAUAUUUACUCCAUUUUGAGUUGAUUUUUGUGUGUGGUAUAAGAUAAGGUUCCAGUUUUAUUCCUUUGUAUGUCGAUAUUUUUGGUUGUCACAAGUGAGGAGUGGUGGUGCUAGUGGCAUCUAGUGGGUAGAGGCUAGGGAUGAUGCUGAAUAUCCUACAAUGCACAGAAGAGACCCCCACAAGUGAGAUUUAGCCCCUGAAAUAAAUAGGGCCAAGGUUCAAAAACCCUGCUGUGGGUGUCUGGCUGGCUUAGUGGGUAGAACAUGCAGUGCUUGAUCUUGGGGUUGUAAGUUUGAGCCCCACGUUGGGUGUAGAGAUUACUUUAAAAAUAAAAUCUUUGGGGCGCCUGGGUGGCUCGGUCGUUAAGCGUCUGCCUUUGGCUCAGGUCAUGAUCCCAUUGUCCUGGGAUCGAAUCCCACAUUGGGCUCCCUGCUCAGCGGGAAGCCUGCUUCUCCCUCUCCGGCUCCCCCUGCUUGUGUUCCCUCUCUCGCUGUGUCUCUCUCUGUCAAAUAAAAAAAAAAAAUCUUUAAAAAUAAAAUCUGUAAGGGACUCCUGGGUAGCUUAGUGGGUUGAGUGUCUGAUGCUUGGUUUUUCCUCAGGUCAUGAUCUUGUGACUCAUGGGAUUGAGCCCCAAGUCGGGCUCCACGCUUGGCAGGAAGUCUGCUUGAAGGUUCUCUCCCUCUGCCCCCCGCCCCCGACUCAUUCCCCCCACCAAAAAAAUCUUUAAAAAAAAAUCUUAAAAGAAAAAACCCAAAACAAAACAAAAUUCCUGCUGUAAAGGAGAGGAAAGAGCUAGACAGAUACGGGAUCAAGGGAGGAUUUUGUUUUUUAAAGGGAUGAAAGAAUCUUGAGGUUAUUAGUUGCUCUUGGGCAGGGAAAUGGACCCCUUUAAACAAGGUAAGAGGUUGUGAAAAUUGAUACAGACUUUCUUGGAGGGCAAUUUGGUAGUAUAUGUGAAAAUUAAAAUAUGUAAUUCCACUAUUAAAGAGCUAUUCUUUUGAAAUACGCACACAUGUACACUAAGAUAUUUACUCAUAGGUUUUCAUUACAGUGUUUGUGGGAAGAUGGAAGAUUUUGGAACCAAUUCCAACGUGUAUGUGGGAAUUCUCAGGACACCAGCAGGGUGUCCUACAAUUUAACUUAAUUCUGAUACUAAAUACCUGGAGAGAGUAUCAAAUUCCACAGGUAAGGGGCUCAGUCCUACAAGAUUGCCCCACCCCUCUUCAAAUGCCACUCAAAAGCCCAGGUUAUCACUUAUGUAUGAUUCUGAUAGACUAGGUUGAAUGUUCCAAUGCCCCCUGCUUUGGGUUUGAUUAAUUUGCUUAGAGCAGCUCAGAGAAUACACACAUUUUACUUACUAUAAAAGUAAAACUCAGGAACAGCCAGACAUAACAGCUGCUUGUAUGUGCGGAGGGGUGAGGAGCUUCUAUGCCCUGUUCUGGUGUGCCACUCUUCCAAGACUUCCAUGUGUUCACCCUUCUGGAAGCUCUCCAAAUAUACUAGAGGCUCCAUAUUACAUGGGCAUGAUUGCCUAUUGGUGAUUCAUUCACUCUCCUGCCCUUUUACCCUCCCCUGAAAUCAGGGGUGUGGGACUGAAAAUUCCUGAUGUUAUACAUCCUUAGGUGUUUUCCAAAAUUCACCUCAUUAACAUAAACCCAGUUGUGGUGGAAAGGGGCUUGUUAUGAGUAACAAAACACCCAUUUUGCCUUUAUGGCUCUGAAGUGAUUUCAGGAACCAGGAACAGGAGACCAAAUAUUAAAAAAAAAAAAAAUUCUUCCAUUGCUCUCCUCAGUCAUGAAAUUCCAAGUGUUUUGGGGAGAUGUGAUCCAGAAACUGUGGAUAAAGACCAAACGUAUACGAGAAAUAUAUUUUGGUCAUCUGAAUGACCAUGUAGGGGGCUAAGGGCAGGUUGCUUCAGAUGGGUCACUUUGACAUGAAUGUUGAGUUAAAAGCAAUAAAAACCCAACCGAUUGAGGAAAAGCUCUUUAUCUCCCCCUCAACUGCCUGCCUGUACCAGGAAGAGCGCUAUUAACAGAUUCCUCUUUAUCUAAGAUACUUAUUUGCAUAAUAGGGCAGCCUUUGUUUUCCAAGCAUCUCUCCUCUCCCUGCUAAUGUCUUGCUCAGUCCCCUACUCCUGUCCUUAGCUCAUAUAAGCGUCUUAUUGCUUCACUGUCUUUGGAAUUUCAUACGUAGGAAACUUUGAUUUUCUCUUGUUAUUCUGUUUCAUGUCAAUUUGAUUCUUAGUCCAGCCAGAAGGACCUUGAAGGGCAGAGAACGUUCUCCCUCCACAACAACCAACCCCAUACAUAUUUUUCAUAAAUCACCAUUCCAUAGAAGGAUAAAUAAGAAACAACUGAAUUGCACAAAGAAGAAUGGUUAAAUGGUUAAGUAGCACAUUCCCACCAAGGAUUUUGUGGCCAUUUAAAGCUUGUAGUAAGCAGUAAGACUGCCAAGAUAGAGUAAGGGAGAUGAAGUCAUAGAAUAGUAUUCAUAGUGUUUUUCAGUUAUGUCAAACUAAUUAAAAAAACUGGUAAUGUAUUUUUUAAAAGAUCUUGACGGCUCUAUAAAACCAUUUAAAGUAGAUUUUCCUUUCACUUUUUACUCUGUAAUUGCUCUGAAUUGGGAACUUUUUAUGAUCAUGUAUUUUAAAAUUUUACUGAAACAAAAAUUUUUUUUAAGAAGGCUCCAUGCCCAACAUGGGGCUUGAACUCACAACCCUGGGAUCAAGAGUUGCAUGUUCUACUGACUCAGCCAGCCAGGUGCCCCUACUUUUAUAAUUUCAAAACAGUUUUUAAAUGCCAGUGGCAACAGAGAAUGCAGUAGGAUAAUGAAAGGAGGAAGAUCCCUGAGGAAGCAGGAACAGAUAAUGAUGAUAGCAUAAGUAAGAGCAGGAGCAACUAACGUUCAUUUAGCAAUUGAAAUGUUCCAAACUGUGUUCUAGAUGUUUUACAACUAUCAGGACACUUAAUUCUCGAUGAUUCUAUGAGGUAAAUAUUAUCUGUCAAGGAAAUGGCAGCACAGAGAGGUCAGGCAACUUGCACAAUCUGAUAGCUCACGAAUGGUGCAGCUGGAUUUCAAAACCAGGCAGUGUGGAUCCUCCAGAGCCAGUGCUCUUAAUCAAUGCCCUCCACUGCUGGCUGAGAGUUGGGGUCCAGGGCACAGGUGGAGAUUGGCCUGACAGGAAGAGAAACCUGAUUAAACCAUUGUGUUAGUUUUCUGUUUCCGUAUAACAAAUUACCACAAACUUAAUGGCUUAAAACAUUUAUCAUCUUACAGUUCUAAAGAUCAUAAAUCUGGGCAGGCUCAGUUGGGUUUUCUGCUUAGUGUCCCACAAGACCCAAAUCAAGAUGUCAGCAGGGUUGGGCUCCUAUCUGGAGGCUCUGGGUAAAGAUUCUGCAUCCAAGGUCGUUGAGGUUUAAGUUCCCUUUGGCUGUAGGACAAAGUUCCCUGUUUCUUUGCUGGUGUGGGUCCUCUAACUAGGAUUUGCUGUAGUAAUUAGAGUCUGGGCAUUCCUCACCUUGUAGCCCCUUGUAGCCCUGUCAUCUUUAAGUCAGCAAUGGCACAAGGAAUGUUUCACAGGCCUAGAAUCUGAGUUCCUAUAUUGCUCCCAGCCAGAGAAAAACUCUGGCUGUUCAGAUUUCAUUAGGAACAUCCAGAUAAUUUCCCUUUCCUUAUGCUUAUAAAAUAAUCUAAUCACGAAAAAAUUCAUCAUAUUAACAAUCCUCGAGAUUAGCAGGAAAUCUUGGGGCCAUUUUAGAAUUCUGUCUGCAACAACUAUGAUGACUGAUUGGUAGAUAUCUUGGUGAAGGGAGGUCUGAGGGCUUGUAAUGACUUCCUGAAUAGGAGUGGAAAAUGCUCCACUCGAGAGGAGAUGUAUGAGAAUGAAGGUUUGAGUAGGUAACUAACAAACUUUUGGUUUGCUAGUCAGCUUUAUGGGCUCAGUAGAGUUUGGAGAUGAUGAAUUUGUGGGGAUGCCAAUCUAUAUGGCUGUGUGAUUUUUCUUUUAAAGAUUUUAUUUUUUUUUAGAGAGAGCAUGUACAAGUGGGGGCAGGGGCAGAGGGAGAGAGAAUCCCAAGCAGAUUCCACGUCUGAGCAUGGAGCCCAACGCGGGGCUUGAUCUCAUGGCCCUGAGACCAUGACCUGAACAGAAACCAAGAGUUGGUUGCUCAACUGACUGAGCCACACAGGUGCCCUGUGAUUUUUCUCUAGUGUCUGGUUAUAGAUGCAGAAGUGGUUUGAGGUUUUUCUGAGAAAGCAGGGCAAAAGAACUACAGGUCAAGGGAGAUGACAGGCUUAAGUAAUGGGACUCUGGGAUCAAGCCAGAAACAAAAGAUAGAGAAAACCAGAGUGAGGGAGUAGGGACAGUAGUUACCUUGCAAGGGUUGGAGGAGAUGGCCAGAUUUCUAGUUAAAGCAGGAAGUGGAAGAAGGCUCCUUUAAGAGGCUAAAGAUACAGAGCAGUGGUUCUCCAAGUGUGGUUCUCAGACCAACAAUGUUAGCAUCGUUUGGGGACUUGUUAGGAAAAUUCCCAGGUUCACCACAAACCUACUGAAUUAGAAAUUCUGGAAGUCUGGGAGCACAGGAAUCUCUGUUUUAACAAGCACUGUAGUUGAUAUUGAUGCCACAAAGAUUUGAGAAUCAUUGAUGCAGACUUUCAUAUUGUUUAAGAAUACUUUUAUCAUGAAUAAGAUUCCAGAAGGACAGUAAGAAAUUUCUAGAAGAGUUAUGAGAGGAGUCGGAAACACUGAGACCUACAGGAGAGGUCAAAUGGCCCAUGUUUUGCAUGCUGACCUAGGAUGCCGAGGAUAAAUGUAAAGGACACCUGAAUUAACUGGCCUUAGAAUUUUCAGAAAACACAAACCUCAGCCUGCCGAUUCCAUUCUGUACCAAUGUGUUACUCAGGUACUACUAUUCCAAGGCCAAGAGUGGGAGCAUUUAUUGAUGAGCAGGAGAUGGGUCCAUUCUGGGACUGGAUUGGCUGUUCUUUAAAGCGGGGGGGUGGAAAUUCAACCCCCAGGGAAAGAGGACAGAAAUGGGAGAAGAGUUACUGGGGCCCUGAAAACAGGAAUACCCCUGCUGAAGAGGGAGGGACACCUGUGAGGAUGAUCUAUCUCUAUAUGGUUCAGUCAAGAUCAAGACUUACUCUCGCUCAGCUGCAGGCACCACACUGAUGGGCUGUGGCACAAAGAGGAGCACAAGUGGGCUGUGUUUAAUCAACAGGAAGAUGAAGGAAGUGAGGGAUGUAUUUUGGGACGUGGGUAGCUGACCCCAUAUAAUAAUUCCCCUAUAUUUUUUUAAAGAUUUUAUUUAUUUGACAGAAAGAGACACAGCGAGAGGGAACACAAGCAGGGGGAGUGGGAGAGGGAGAAGCAGGCUUCCCGCGGAGCAGGGAGCCUGAUGCGGGGCUCGAUCCCAGGACCCUGGGAUCAUGACCUGAGCCGAAGGCAAAUGCUUAAUGACUGAGCCACCCAGGCGCCCCUCCCCUAUAUUCUUAAAAAUUUUCUGAGUCAAUGACUCUGGGAAAAAUCUUGGGACUCAGGCAGUAAAAUCCAAGCAAGUGAAAUACAGUGUAGCCACACAAAAUUUUUCAUUGCUUUUAUAUUAACAAACCAUCUCAGGUGAUUAUAAACACACACCUUUUGCUGCAACAAUGCUAAAUGUACUUGAUAUUAAAAUAAUCUGUUUUAUGCUGUUAAAAAAACCCCCAAUGUUCGUAUCAGUGUUUACAGCAUUUGUGUAAAAAAAAAAAAAAAAGCCUAUAUUUAUUGUGAUAUAUAAAAUAUUUCUGGAAGACCACACAAGAACCUGGUAAAACCGGUAGCCACCGGGGAAGGGACAUGGGCAGCUAGGGGAGAAAGGAAGGAGGAAGAAUUUCAUGAUUCAACCCUGUGUACCUUUUAAAUUUGGAGCACAUGCAUGUAUUAUUCAGAAAUAAAAAAGAAAUCCAUUAAAAAAAUAAGGAGCUUUUAUUAUCCUCGAUAACAGAGAAAAGUUGAACCUGAAGUCUCUGGGAAUUAAGUAGCGCCCUGGGGAGGGGAAGGCUGCAGCAGCACCUGGAGCUUCCUCAGAGACUCAUUCCCUCGGCCGGGCCACCCUGGCAAAGGCAGCUCGAAGGAAUCACAAACCGUAGGGGUCAGCGGGAGGACGACACUGAACAAAGCUUCUCUGCCUGAAAUCAGCCGCUGUCCAGAGCUAGUGCCUGGGAAGGUACAACUCACCCUCCUGGGAUCACAUCUUUGCUGGAAGGCAGGUGAGAAUUCACACACGUGACACCAAAUACCCUGCUCUCUAGGCGGCUCUCUCCUAGUCCUCCCCGAUUCCACAUCCUCUGGUCUUUGGCCACAGUGUCUGAUUUGGGAGAAGAGAAUGUUGAACAAGUCAAGUUGUUGUCAGUCCGAGUCUGAACUCUCAUUCGACUUGGAAGACUUAUGCUUUCGUUUCUUCUUCUUCUUCUUUUCUUUCUUCCUUUUCUUAUGCUUUUCUUUCUUCUUCUUUUUCUUGUGUUUCUCUUUACAUUCUGAGGAACUGGAG